UUGCUUUAAUAUGAUCUGAUUUUAUUAGUUAUGGUGAAAAGCCAUUCAUCAGAUUCUUCAUUUAACUCAAACCCUACCAAUCCUUUUAGUAACUCGCUUAUUCAGUCAGCUAAUUUAUUAAGCCACAAUUUCCAUAAUAGUAGCCCAAAUUCUACUUGUUAUUCUUCAGUUUUUACUGAGGUGGAGAAAGAUCUUGAUAGUAUUCCUCCAUUAGUCAUAACAAUCAGUGUAGUAGGAUUAACCAACUGGGCAGUUGAAGAAACACUUAACUCACUCAAGAAUGAUUUAUCAGAUAAUUUUACUUAUGAUGAAGCUACAAACACUAAUAAUUCCUCCUUUAAUUCCAAAAAUAUUAUAUAUGUUCCAUCUGGUUCAGGAAAAUCAUGUUUAUGUAAUAGGUUUAUGAAACCAGCCUAUGAUGAUUACAAACCUCAGGAUCAUAAUGUAGUUAUUAGUUCACAUGAUUUUGCUGGUCGGAUCAUUAAUAACAAUCAUUUUUUAUUUUGGGGUCAACAUUUAAUCCCCCUGGUACCUUCUGAAAAGGCUCAAGAAUCUCCAAAACAAAAUUUCAUUCAUGAAAAUGUAAGUAUAGAUAAUUCAACAGAUCUCUCAUCCUCUUAUUAUAACACACAUUGUAAUAAACCUUCAGUAGAGCUUAAAAAGGGUAAUAAAAAAAAUCAAAAUAAAGAUGAUCAACCAACUGCUGUCUUACUCAGGGUUAUUGAGCAAACAGAAUUUAUUGAUGAUAAUAUAUGGAAACCAUUCAGUGGAGGUAGCAAGAUUAAUGAUCAGCCUUAUGAAAAAAGAUGUUGUGCCAUUGAGUUAUCAUCACAUGAAAAAUUGAUGUAUAUUUGCAAAGACCAGCUAGGCAUAGAACACGAGUAUGAACAAGUUCCCUUCCCAAACGAACCUGUACAAAUAGACGCUUUUCUAAUUUGUUGUGAUUCAUCUACGAUCAAUCCCAGUUUUUCGCCCUAUGCCUGUCUUGGCGAACGACAAUUGAGUUUAGUUAAGGGGGUAAUCGCGGCUGCUCGAAAAUCACAUAAACCUUACCUUAUAGCCAUAACCAAAGCGGACCUCUGUAUCAAGGACGAGUCAAAAAACGACACAGGUUCGAUUGAUAAGCUGGAGAAGUAUAUUCAGGAAACCCUGAGCCGUACCCUGGGAAGUACCGCUCAACGUAUACCGGUUAUAGCCACUUCGGCCCAUGCUAACAUCAACGUCGUCGCCCCCUUUCUGGCACUUGUUAAAUUGGUUUUAAAAGCCCGGGGCUUUAUCAUGCCAGAUCUAUUUUACUCGCAAUUUGAAAUUGGUUAUAGCGGUGUUCGAUGGAAUAACAAAAAAGACAACAACAGUAGUUUUGAUUCUUCGGCUUAUAAGGCUUACCUUAAGCGGUUUGUUGUGCCCACCUACACCGAAGGAUUAUCAGAAAACCGGCAAACUCGGGCCCGAGCGGCGAAUGACUUUUUGAGCUUUUUAGACCGAUUUGAAUCGCCUCAAAGGUUACCCAGCGCCUCAAGCCUUUUCGACAAUUUUGAUCAAACCAGAAGCUUUCACGAUCAUUCGCCUGUUUCAUCGUCGGAAAGGAAACGAUUUCAAAAAUUGUCUGGUUCCUGGAGUUUGCGCAAUAAAAACCGAUAUCAACAUUUAAAUCCGGUGGUUAAGACAGCUUUGCUAACAUUAGGUAGACGAGAGUGUGAAAAAAUGCUAAAGGAGCGCGUGGCUAGUCUUAUGGCGGCUAAACUGAAGAGCCGAACCCUCGAAUUACUUGCCCUAUUUGAAACCGGUGUUCUCAAAACUCUUUUUCCUAGUCUGACUAGCCUAAAACAUGAGAGGGAUUGGAAGAAUUUUAAAUCUACCCAAAUUCGUUGCAACCCAGAAUUUGUCAAGCAUUUUUUCGCCCCUAGCCCGCAAACUCCUUGGUUUGAUAUCAGCAACAAUUUUAACGCUGAGAAUUCUUGUGAUUCACGCCAAAAUAAUGAUUUUUUAUUGCCGUGGCAAUUACUCGAAACGCAGGAAGCCCAGAUUUGCUUCGAUAAUCAUUUGCGACAAUUGAUAAGCGAAGAUAAUAGGACCAAAUACAAAAAGCAAUUCAUAAACCUUCUUCAAUCUCUCUCAUACCCGUUCUCUACCGAUUCGUCAUCACCUUCAAAUAUAGUAACGAUUGAUCUUGAUCGCAUGACCAUAUUUCCCGGUCAACCCAUAACCGAGAUAGAUCAGCUACUGCGCAAGUACGAAUGCUAUGACCACUUAUCAGCAUCCGAUCGCAAUGAAUGCUACGAAAAUCACAUGGCAUAUUAUUUGGCUAGCGCUAAAUUUUUAUUUCUAGAGGAGUGUUUAUUCGAGCAUUGGGAUUUGUUUCUCCUACAUUUGGGACCCAAAAACCAUUUUAAACCUGGUGAUGUAAAAGAUAAAAAUAGCUCCUCCCACGACAAUGCCAUUCGAUAUAAAUUAUUUCCCAAUCUUGAUCCCCUAAUCGGCGUAUAUCCUGAGAAUUACGUGUUCGAAUCCAACCAUGCCAAGGGCCAAAAAGGUAUACAACACAAAGGAAAGGGGGUAAUAUCUCACGAGAGUCUCAAAGAAAUAUCACAGCGAUUAAAUAAGGAUAUCAAGUAUCGCAUUUUAGAUCGCGUGGAACAGGAACGGACAGUCUUGAUUUUACAAUUCUUGGCCUUUUUAAGACAUCCGGUAAGGGAAUAUUGUCCUUUCAAUUCUUUGGACACAACUACAAACAGCUUGAAAGGCUCCAAGGAAAACCGUUGCAUAGAUUCUUACCCUUUCGAUCGAGUCUUAGAUGCUUCCAUUUUUGGAAAUUUGAUAAGGCACUGUGAAUUAGUUAAAGCAAAUACCAUUGUGACAAACCGUGAGUCUCUUAUCCCACAACUCAAACAAGUCAAAAGUAUGACGCUCCUUAUCAUUGGCAUCGAGGAGUAUGUCCAUAUUUUGGGGGAUCACAUCAAAAGUCUUUGCCCCAAAGAUUUGUUCGCCAUGGAUGCCCACCAAAACAUUAGUUUAACGUUGCAAUACCUUUUUAUAAAUGACAAAGAAGAAAUUCCUUAUAUGGAAACAAUGAAAUCUUUUUUUGUAUCGUUUCAAGAUAUGGCUUUAAGUUCUGACCAUGUUGUAGGCUGCAUAUCAUUAUGCGACCUUACCACAAUGGCCCGAGACGAAAAGUUAAUUAAUCGACCUGACAACUCUUUCCGCAUCAAACAAAUGUCCGGCCAAAAUUGUUUUCGCGGUACACAAAAUCCCGAAAUUCACGACGAGAGUUCCAGAGUAAUCAAGGCUCUUUUAAAAUUCGUGAUGCCCUUAAUGAUUGUCGCGCUCAAUUGGUGUCAUUUUAACUCCAACUUAUUCCAAAAGAAUAUCAAAUUUAAUGAUAAUUCCGAUACCCGCUAUCCUGGAUACGAAAAUGUGUCCAUUUUGGAUAAAAGAAAUUUUGAAACGGUUGGCCUAUUAGACGAGGAAUGCUUGCUUAAUUUGGCCUCAAAUUAUAGAUGCAUGUACACGCCGCUUGAUCUUGAUAGCCAAAACGCGUCAUCUAACAUAAAUAAUAUUAUAACAAACUUAAUAUCUAUCGCUCGUUUGAAACGCUGCCUUGUAUCCGAUAUUGUCAAUCAGACGAAUAACAAAAAUACCGAAAAGGAACAUGAGAAUAUUCUUCACGUGCAACCUCUGUAUCAGGAGUUAAAUUUUCAACACUACACAGAUAUGAAACAGCGUCACAUCAACGUAUUGAUGUGUUGUCAAUGCGGCGAUAAUUUCGACAUCCAAUACCUCCUAUUCAAACUAUUGUCCAAUUAUUCUAGCCUUUUCAGCUCGCAACUACCUUUGAACCUAGAAGAAAAAAUUCCCAACUCUGAUUCCUACGUGUACUCUUCUUUUCCAUUCCUUCAUUUCGAAGAGACCGAUGUGGGAAAUAUUUCGCAAAUCUUUGUGAUAACCUUACAUAUAAAAUCUUAUCAUCUGGCCUGGCACAUUCAUUCCAACGUUCACAACGAUCCCUGCAUAGCAUAUGACGGAUACGUAUUAGUGUAUGACGUUAAGCGUAAAGCUUCCUUUUCUGUCAUGAGCUCGUUCCUCAAUCGUUCUUUCUUAAAUACCUCCACCCUUCCUACCCUUAUUUUAGCGGUAAAGGGAUCGAAAGAGGUUUCCAGCAAUGAUAAAUACCAUUCUGAAAUGAACGAUGAAUCAAGGGCAACGGAAACUGCCAAUUUCUUGGAAAAUGGCAAAACCUUAGCCAUACAAAUCGAUUGCGAAUUCAAUGAAAUAACGUUGGGCAAGGGGAGGGAUUUUAUUUCUGAUUCGUCGAAAAUAUCGAUCGAUUUGUCACCCUUUUUUCGACGCAUAUACAGGGAAAAGUGCGAAAGAGUUAGUCUAAAAAUUGAGCACGGAAGUAAGGAGGAUGCGUUUAUCCAGAAUAAUGGUUCUUCACUCGUAAAAUGCAACAAUAAAGAUCUUUUUCUAGAUGAGGAUUGCGGCGUGAAAAGGUUUAAAUGUGUAUUACAAAACCAUUGUGGAAUCGAUAAAUUUGAAAAUAAUUUAGAUAAAGAUCCUGCCGAAUCUCACUAUAAUAAAAAUGUGAAAAACCGGAAAAAUGGUACAAAUUUUUACCGGAAUUUAAACCCCGAGCAAAAUUCGCAAGAAGAUUCAUGGUCUGGCAUAAAGCCGAGUCAUGUCAAGAACCGCGUUAAAAUAAGCAAAAAAUAUCACGAUUUCAAAGACCUUCAUACUUGCGAACAAGCUAAUUCUAAAACGGGCUCAGCAAUAACCAAUAAUUUGAUCGCCGAAAGGAUGAAAGAGCUCUCUUUGGUCCAAUGCGCCGAUGUUUACGGGAAGCGUAAUCACGAAAAUAUUUAUCCUGGUGGCGAACUGCCCAAAAAUUCCGCCAAUAAUAGCGCUACACAAGAACAGAGAGUGAUUGAAGUUAAAAAAGAUUCCAGAGUUAGUCAGCAAGCCAAAUCUUUCGAAAACAAUUUAAUUUUGACCUUUAAACAUCCAAAUUCACUCAGAUCAGAGUUCCCACAACCUUCUAUACCAUCGUACUCAAAUAAUGAAUCAGCUUUAUUACCGAAUCAAGAUUUUUGUUACGAUAACGAAUUUAUGUCGUGUUCGACUAUAAAAGGCGGAGUUAGCCCUAAAAGGGUCGGAUUUUCUAAGGAAAACAAUUUACCAAAAAAUAGCCACAAACCUAGAGCCGAACUUAAAUUAAAAAAGCAAGCCAAGUCCAACAUACCCACCUCCUUAAAAAUAGGCAAACCCUUCAAUAAUAACAAUCAAACUCGCCUAACCCCCGAAGACAUAGUAGUAUGCUCUCCCUGUCUGCCUGACUUGAUCAACAUAUCCCAACCGAAAUUCCCGAAAUCUAACGAAAGGAUAUUCAACGAUCUUCACAUGGCUUCUUCCAUUCUGGAGAAUAAAUUGUUUGCCUCCAGAAUCGAAAUACUUGAGAAAAGUAAAUUAAAUUUUUGCAAUCGAUUUGAAGAAAAGUUGGACCGCUCAAAGCCCACGCUUAAUAAUAAGUCGAAAAAUUCGCCUACUAACAUACCUUCCCCUGAAAAUCAGGAACGCCCGAAAUUCAAGUUUCAUAACAACAACAAACAACCUUUCAAAAUUUCCAAAGCCAUUUCUCAUAAAAAGUGCCAAGAAGCUUGUGAUAACGAUACCACUUCCUGCAAAUCAAAAGACCUACGCAUUCCGUUGAUUCCUAAUUUUCUCAUAGAGUGUUUAGAUUUCGUAGAACGAGAAGGUUACAAUUGUGAAGGCAUUUACCGGGUCCCUGGGAGUAAAAAUCAAGUCGAACAACUGUUGAAAAAGCAUAAUCAAAAUUCAGAUCUUCAAUUAUCUAACCUGGAUAUGCCCGUAAACGCAGUUGGCACUGCCGUGAAAUCAUUUCUAGCAGAACUUUCCGACCCGCUUCUACCCGCUUGUUUGACCAAUGAAAUGCUCGAGAUCGGAAAUAUGAAUGAUGCUAACGAUAAAAUUAACGCCUGGAAACGUAUCUUAAAUUCUGGAGAAGUUGAAAAAAUGAAUCUACCACUCAUCAAAUAUUUUAUCAAACACCUCAACAAAAUAUCUCAAUUUAGUGAUCUUAAUUGCAUGAGUUGCCGAAAUUUAGCUAUUUGCUUUUGGCCCACACUUAUAAGACCCGAAUUCACUGAUUAUGAAUCAAUGGCGCUAUCCGCAAAACCCUUUGAAGAAGCUCUUUACGUAUUCUCUUAUCUAUCUAUCACUCAAAACUCAAUGAACACUUUCCGUCCUAUUAUUUAAUAUUUUUUCCCUUCAUAUAUAUGAUUUAAUACAGUAAAGAUUCAACCUCCCCCCUCCCUUCCAUUUCCAUCACAAAUAUUUAUAUAUUCCCUAUAUAAAAGCUGUUUUAAAAUGGAAAGAUUAUUCGAAUUUAUUUAAAUCUUUCCUUUUUCCAGAAAAAAAAUGCUCAAUAUAUUAUUUCCCCAUCCCAAUAUUAAUAAUAAUUAUAUUAUAAUACAUUUAUUAACCAACAUAAUUCAUUCGCAUUUAAUACAAAAGUAAUUAUUAUAAAUUAUUUUAUUGUUAACAAAGAGUAAAUUAGGUCAUUUAUAUUUUUAUAAUAAUUGUUUUUUUAUACACACAAAAUGAAUAUUUAUUUAUUUUUUUAAUUUUAGACACGAUUGGUUAUAUUUAAU